AGGUUUACCCCGCCGUCGAAGUUACCUUACGCUUCCGUUGCAGACGACCUACCAGGUACCUUAGUAGGUACCUAGACAUCCAUUUACAAUGGGAGGAUAAUGGAUGGCGGUGUCGUAUACAUGUGGCCAGUCGUAUUGUCUAUAACAAACAGCGAAGAUAUGUCAACUUCAUAAGUAGUUUUCUUUUCUUGGAACGGUAAAACGAAGUAUCAGUUACCUAUAAAUCAUGCAACCUUCGGAGGACGAGAUCCUCGCAGCCCUGGCGCACUAUCGCGCUGCCGUGUUGGAGCAUAAUCGUAUCGCUUUGACGCAUUUCGUGCACCAUGCCGACACGGAGCAGCCCCCGGCGGGAAGUCGAUUGACCGCUAGCAAGAUCGCCGAAAUCCGUCGAAAGUACAUGUAUAAUCUGCUCUGCGUCUCACGGCCGGAGAACCUGGACCCGUCGAUGCAGAUCGAAGCGCCCGCCGACGUGAUGACUAAGUGGGAUGCCAUGGUGCGAGCUUUCGGCCUGGACGGCGUAUUCGCUAGUCCCAACACGGAGCAUCGGAGGGAGCUCUGCGCUACUUACAAGAGAUGCACGGAGGCUGAACUGUGCAGGAUAGGGGCCGACGUCGAGUUUCCCGCCGACUUUGAGUUCCUCAUGAACCAGGUCGACAGCCUCCAGGGACACGGGUGGCCGCAGUAUCACGAGCAUGGCCAGCAGAUACGCUUUUGGUACGGGCUAGACGAGAGCGAGGGCGACGUUAUAGGCCCUGAUGAUGACUUAGGCGGGCAGACUGGUCUGGAUGAUGACGAUUGGGAGGUUGUCGCCGGGUGGGAGUGCGGUGGAGGACCUGAGACGAGAUGCUUCGUCGUCUACUGCCGGCAGGAACAAACCGGUAAGGAGUGGCGAUGGCGAUAUGUGGCUGACAUGGGUCAGUACGGGGUAGAGGUUUUCGACAACCUGGUAGAGCUGCUACAGUGGUACGAGACGCUCCAUGUGCCGGACUUGGAUUACUACCUCAAUUUUUCUGGAUGCGGCAUCUUCGGCGGCUAGGCUAAGAUUGCAUCAGAAUUGAUCUGUUCCAAUAUUGGCCACCGUUGUCGGCGCAGGCAAGUCAACGCAUAGAGAGUAAUGAAAGCACAUAGGAAGGACGCUCGCUCCAUAACGUCGAUUAAGGGCCUCCUUUCUCGAUGCUCGAGUGCAAGUUGCUUCUACAACCCGAUUGAUCUCGCGUUGGAUGGUAUUAUUACCGAGCUCAUUCCCGUACUUAAUCAAUGUAUGUGUGAUAACUUACCUAUGGUACUAAGGCAACAGCUUUGAUCUGGGUUGUAGAGCCUCAAUCCGGUGCCGAGAAACAGCCCAGUCGUCAUAUCAUAUAAUCCAAGUUAUAUUGAAGCUCUGUUUCGUCUAAGUGCUGUGUUUGGUAUAAGCAUGAUCGAUUCUAGGUACAGAUGAUAAGAACGCACUAUGAGACAAGUCCUAGAUGCCAGCGCCUUCUUAUACGUGAGAUACAGUAACAUCGACGAUGACCUGUGUUAC